GGUGCGCGCGCAACAUUCAGCCGCGGUGGCGAAACCGAGGCUAGCAGCAGCGGCAGUGGUCGGGGCGAGGAAGCCCCUCGCUAGACGGUGACGCGCGCGCGCACACGUGCGUGUGACCAUGGGACGCCUUCAUUUCACGCGGGACCCCAUCCCCGAGUCCAUAGGAAGCGAUAUGCUGCACUUGAACCAGCUCAGCGCGGAGCAGUUUUCAACGCUGACCGAAGUGAUUUUCUACUUUUUGAUUCAACCCAAGGAGAUUGAAACAUUCCUGGCUAAAUUGUCUGAUUUUGCUGCCACCAAUCAGAUCAGCCUUGGACCCUUAAAGAAUAUUGUGAAAAGCAUUCUUUUAGUGCCUAAUGGUGCCUUGAAGAAGAAUAUGACUGCUGAGCAGGUCAGAGCAGAUUUCAUUACUCUGGGGCUCAGUGAAGAGAAAGCCACUUAUUUUUCUGAGAAGUGGAAACAGAAAUCUCCCACACUUGCACGAUGGGCAAUAGGACAGACAUUGAUGAUCAACCAGCUUAUAGAUAUGGAAUGGAAAUUUGGAGUGACAUCAGGGAGCAGUGAACUACAGAAAGUGGGGAGUAUUUUUUUACAAUUGAAAUUGGUGGUUAAAAAAGGAAACCAGACUGAAAAUGUAUAUAUAGAGUUAACCCUGCCUCAAUUCUAUAACUUCCUGAGUGAGAUGGAACGUGUCCGAGCCAGCAUGGAGUGUUUCUGCUGAAGAUGAAGGAAGAAGGCUCAGAGGGAUAAAUUGUUUAUCCUUGUGGCCUGUUCUGUAACAGCUCGAGGGCUGUGAGUGUCUUAAAGGUUCACAGUUCUGUAUGUACUAGGAAGGCCAAUAGAAUUAUCACAUAAAUUCAUGAUUCAUGAAAGAACCACUCAUCACAUAGGCCAUGUCUCCAAUAUUUAAACCAUUGAGAGAGGGAAAAAGUAAGCCUAUUGGUGACACUCCUCCUUUCCUUCCCUCUAGAACUUCCAUUUCUCAAAUUUCCAAGAUCAGCAGUCUAAUUACAGAACAGAGUUAACCUGAAAUUAGGCAGGGGAGGAUCUCGCUGCUAGCAUCCUGAGAGCCAGAAUCUGAAACAAAAAAAUGAUGCAUUUACCAUGUAUAGUGGGGAUUCUCUCAUUUGAGACCCUAUUUUAAAAACCAUAUAUCUAUACGUAAAUCCAAGAGCUCCUCUUUCAAAGAUUUCUGUUCUUUUCAGGCCUUGACCCAGUCUCUUCUUUGGCAUCUGCCCAUCUGAGCCUCCUUAAGUCUUUUCCCCAGGCUGAGUGGCCACUGAACAGAAUUCUGCCUUUUCUAAGUGUUUAAUAAAAGGUUUAAAGAAGAGGCCUUGAUCCUCUUGUGUAUGUGUCCUGGAUUAAAGACCCUUCUAUUUUCUAACAAUUUAGAGAGACAAGAAGAUUAAAGUUUGGGUUGGAACUGAACGUGUGUGUGGAUGAGACAGAAGGAAGUCAUUGUACUCUUACAGGCUAGGAGCAGGACCAAGGCAGAAGUGCUUUCAGGUUAUAGCUUGAGGAAAAGAGGAUCAUUGAUUUGGAACUUCUUUCAAGUCUUUGGAGGCCAUCUGUCUAACAUUCUCCUUUUAUAGAUGAGGAAACUGAGACCCAGAGACUUGCCUACCUCACACAAGUGGCAGAGCUAGACUUUAAACUUAGGUCUUUCUACUCCAAAUCUAUCAUUCUAUACCAUGUUGCUUUUUCCACAAGAAGAAGUUGCAUAUAUUUUGCUGUUGACUUGAGACUUUAGUAUCCAGCCUAGUAUUUCAUUUUUCACUAAUUUCUGAUUAGAACAUUAAGAACUUGAAGGGGUCUUGGACUGCAGCAUGUCCAGGUAAGGGGGUGAACUUUCCAAAUCAUUUUAUCCAGUGUUUCUUAAUCUGGAAUUCAUGAACUUAAAUUUUUUUUUAUAUAACUAUUGUACUAUGCUUCAUUUCCUUUGGAAUUCUGUAUACCUUACACAUUUUAAAACAUGCUGAGAAGGGUUUCGUGGUUCAAAAAAGGUUGAGGAUCUCUGAUCUAAUAUGACUCACAGUGGAUUAGACAAUCUUUUUUUUUGUUCUUUAUUUUAUAAGGAAAUAUACAUAUUGGUUGAUACUGGUCAAA